AUGGUCUACGCCGAAGUUGCAAUGAAUAUUGCAGAGGAGUAUGAUUUUUUCGGGGUCGUACAGGAAUCUACGCCACAUCUACCGGUUGCGACUGUUGUUACAGAGGAUGACUUAGAAAAUUGUUUGCAGUGGCAACGCCACAUCGCAGAGGCCGAUUCUCCUGAUGCAGAAGCUCCUAGUAGAGAAAUUAGCGCAGGAGACAUUACCAUCGCACCUUCAUCCUUAUCCAUUCAUCCAUCCGCACAAUUGGACAACUCUGCUGGAGAAACGUCAAUGGACCAAUCUAAAUUAUCUCCCCUCGACCCUCCAAGUUAUUUAAACAAAGAACAAUCUAUGGCGUUCACAAUCAUAGCAGAGCAUAUCUAUCGACUUCUUAAUGGUGAAGAUCCUCCGCAACUUUUAAUGGUCAUCCACGGUCUGGGUGGUAUGGGGAAAACGCGAUUGUUGAAAGCUAUAACGAAAAUGUUCUCUGACAUGGGUAUCGCGGAUCGUUUUGCUAAAACAGCGUUAACGGGUGUCGCUGCAUGUCAAAUCGGAGGAAAAACCUUACACUCUUGGGGUACCCUACCUGCCGUUGCAGGGAUGCGUCUCAAAGAAACAGAACAACUGCCUACGAUGCUUAGAUUGGUGAAGGGUAUGCAGGUUAUGGUCACCCGUAAUCUUGCUACUACUGCUAAUCUUUCUAAUGGCUCUCGAGGUAGAGUGGUGGAUAUAAAGUUGGACGUUAGAGAAGAUGGAAUCACUGAUGAAGAUGUCGCCGCACGUAAAGUCUUUCUUCAUUAUCCUCCAGCAUUGGUCAUACUGGAGCUCAAUUUCUGUGAACUACCUCCGUUACCUGGUCUGGGCGAACGUCAAGUACCAUUGACACCCGAGAAGUUUAAAUUUACCAUAGGCUCUAGUCCGUCCACUACCGUAACUCGACGCCAACUCGCUUUAACUCCCGCAUAUGCGUUCACCGACUUCAAGUCGCAGGGUCAGACAAUCGAGCAUGUAUUGGUUGAUGUUGGUCGAACAACAUGCUUCAAUUUGUCCCCUUUCAAUGUGUAUGUGGCUUUGUCAAGAAGUCGUGGUCGUGACACAAUUAGAUUGCUGAGGGAUUUCGAUAAUGACUUAUUUUUACGACAUCCCUCUGAGGAUCUCCGAAUCGAAGAAAGACGGAUUGAUGGACUGGUAGAGGAAACCACAAAAUUAUUUGAUAGUACACAUACGUGA